AUGUAUCCCUACGGUAACCAACAGUAUGGCACUGGAUAUCCGCAGGCCACCGGAUACAACAACUGGUCCUCCCAGCAGCAGCCGACGGGGGCUCCUCAGCAGCAGCAAUACAUGCAGCCCUCACUACAAACACAGCCUACUGGAUUUGGAUUUCAGUCCCAGGCUACCGGAUGGAAUCAACAACCACAACAGUGGAACAAUCAAUUCCAGCCGCAGCAACAGCAGCAGCAACAGCAGCAGACCCAACAGAACUGGCAGUUCCAGCAGUCCCAGCAACAGCCUCAGCAACAGUCUUACCAAAGACAAGAUUUUCAGCCGGGCUAUCAAGGCGGACUUCAGCCAAUGGCCGCCCAGGCAACCGGGUACCAGCCGUCGUUGGCGACCCAGCAGACAGGGUUUCAGCCAUUGACUGCCACGCAGACCGGGUUCCAGCCACGGACGUCUUUUGGAGGCAACCAGCCUAUACAAAACAACUGGCAAUCGCAAACUGGGGUGUCCGCUUUGCAGCCACAGCAGACUGGUUUCACUUCUUUGUUGGUGACUAGUUCGGAAAACGAAAACAAAGAUAUCAAAAUUCCAAAUAUCAGACUCUCGUUCAUCACUGCAAAGGAACAGGAGCGGUUUGAGCACGUGUUCCGGGUGAACGUCCCGAAGGGAGAGAACUCAAUCGACGGCCAGACCGCAAAGAAAAUCAUGAUGCAGUCUGGUCUCAGUGCCACCAAGUUGGCAGAUAUCUGGGCUUUGGCCGACACAACUCGCUCAGGAAGACUGCUCUUUCCCGAGUUUGCAUUGGCGCUCCACCUGUGCAACAUUGCUUCAAAGGGAGAGCAAGUGCCAUACGAGCUGCCACUGAAAAUCAAAAAUGAGGUCAGCAGCUUUGUCGACGCAAUAAACUUUUCCGUCAACGACUCGGCUCCUCAGCAGUCGUUCAACCCUCAACAGUCGUUCAACCAGAUGCUUUUCAGCCAGCCAACAGGCGUCCAGUCAUUCCCGCAGACCAGCUUCCAGUCGCAAGCAUUGCAGUCUCAAGCCACUGGUCUCAGACCGCAACAGACAGGCUUUGGCGUGCAGACUGGUAUCCAGCCGCAGCAGACUCAAGGAACCUUUGGCUUACAGCCUCAAAGAACCGGCUUUACGCAACAACAGACGGGUCUGCAGCCCCAGCGCACCGGAUUCAACUUGCAACCGCAACAAACUGGGUUCAAUUUACAGUCUCAGCAGACGGGCUUUGGCGUGCAACCACAGCAGACUGGGGCUCCUCUGCAGGCCCAGAAGACGGGCACUUUUAUUCCAUUGACUGCGCAGCAGACCAGCGGGCUCGUGCCAGUUGGUUCACAAAAUACAACAGGGCUCCUGCCUCAAACGACUGGCAUUGUGCCUCAAAGAACAGGCGGCUUUGCUCCUCAGCAAACGGGCCUGCUACCACAAACUACAGGAUUCAAUCCUCAACAACCAGGACUAAUGCCGCAACCUACUGGCCUGACUGCCAUGCCUACAGGAAAACCUGGCCAGUGGGGCUUUGUUUCCGCGCCAACUGGUGGACUGCCGGGACUGGACAUGAUGCAAUCACACUUUAUGCCUAACGCUUCUUCCCAGACUCACCAUUUGACGAAUGCGAUGGGCGGAAAUGCUGCCUCCAACGUCACAUGGGCAAUAACUAAACAGGAGAAACUCAUCUACGACAACAUUUUCAAGAAGUGGGACACCGACAGAAAGGGUUACGUCGAAGGAAGCACGGCAAUCACUGUUUUUGGGAAGUCUGGCCUGAAUAGACAGGAGCUAGAGAAAAUCUGGACGCUUGCUGAUUCUGGCAACAGAGGCAAGCUGAACAAGGACGAGUUUGCGGUGGCUAUGCAUUUGAUCUACAGACGUCUGAACGGCUUUGACAUUCCAGACGUCCUGCCUCCUGAACUCGUUCCUCCUUCCUCGAAAUUACUACUCGAGAGCAUGAAUCAGAUCAAGGGCAAGCUUAUGGAAGACUCAAUAUCGAGCAGACCAAAGCCUAUUUCUUCGUCAAGCACAUUCGACGGUACCAGGUACAAGAAUAAUGACGAUGCCAUCGGGUAUGUUAGCAACGCAAGACAUAGAAGCUCAAAGAAGAAAUCAGACGAAAAGACAGACAAUCAGUUGACUAUCGAAGAUCUGAGAAAGAAAGUGCACGAGAAAAAGAUUCUUCUCGAUGCCAUUGACGCAGCCGAUGAGGAUAUUGCCAAUGACUACGGCAAACAGAAAACCGUCAAUGAAAUUGAUAUGCUCAAGGUAAAAAUUAGAGCUGCGCAGGACAAAUUGAACGCGGCAGGGUUGGACGCCGGUUCUUCCAUUCAGGAAAAGCAGAGGCUGUCUAAGGAGCUGAACAGAUUGACUGACCGUGUUCCUAAGCUUGUUUCUGAGCUCGGCUCGAUUGAUGAGCAGAUUAAGAAUGCCAAAAUUGAAAUUGCCAGGCUCAAAAUCCACAAGGAAAAUCCUUCUGGUAUCCAAAUUAAGGGAACGGGCCGCAAUGGCGAAGUCACCGAGGCAGACAAGCGCAUCGCCAAGCAGAAAGCAAUGUUGCAAGCCAAAAUGGCGGCCCUGACUGGAAAGCCUGCUCCGAACCUCGACCAGUUUGAGGCUAACGAGGCCAGACUCUCUCAGGACAUAGACCGUAUUUCGAACGAGACUCAGCAACAGCAAACCAUGAUUAAGGACAUUGCUGGCUCGAUCAACGAGUUGGUGAACGACAUUUCCAGCUCGCUGCAUCUGACCAAUUCUGCUCAAGUCGGCUAUUCGAAAUGGGAGCUUGGGAACGACAUUCAGAGUAGCGAUGUGAAGACGUUUAUUCAAGAGCUGAACGCCUCAAGACCAGCCCCAAAGCCAAAGGAGCUUCAGCAACCAGCCGUACAUACCCCUUCUGUUGCGCCGGUCAGACAGGAGUCUGUUUCUCGCUCGUCCACCCCAUCUCAGUCUUCGGAUAGCCUUGAGUCUCGGGCUCAACAGUUCAAAGAGCAGGCCCGUCGCAAGAUGGAGGAAAAGCUGGCAAAACUGGGAAUCAAGGGGUCACUGAAGAGAAAUGAUGUAUCUGUGCAGGAUUCUGCUUCUGAGACUUCUGCCGCAUCUGUGCCUCCCGAAGCUCCUGUUGAACCAAAACAGGAAGCCCCAGCUGAGUCAGCAAAACCAAGUGUUCCUAAGCAAGCACCAGCUCCGCCAGCUCCUCGUCAAGUGUCCAACUCUCAUCCAGCAAAGGAAGAGGACUCGUCGGAUGACGACGACGCUGAGGAAGAGGAAUUGAAGAGGCUUAUUGCCGAGAAAAAGGCAAUGGAAGCCAAAGAGCGUGAGCGGAAGUUAAAAAAGAAGCAGGAUAGAGAAGCUCGUCUGGCAAAGCUCAGGGCAGAAAUGGAGGAGCUCAAGAAAAAGGAAGCGCACAGUGAGAGCAGCGACGAAGACGAGUUGGCGGAUUCACAGGCCGAUCAGAAAGCUGUUCCUCUGCCGGCUGCUGUAGAACCAGCAAAGGCCCCAGAGCCCGUGUCUGCAGCUUCCGUUACCUCGGCCCACAGCAACAACCCAUUCGCGAAAAUGACUGCCCCUGUGGAAGAGCCAGAACCUAAGCCAAAGAGCAAUAAUCCAUUCUUCAAGCCGCAGCUCACCUCAGAGUCAAGCUACGAUGCCGAUAGACUCAAGGCCCAGAGAGAGGCGCAAAGAGGUAAGAGUUUGAGCGAUGACGGAUGGUCCGACUCGGACAAGGAGGACGAGGACGAGGACGAAAUGCCUGCUGCCUCGAAACAGGCCGAGCUGGCCUCAAUGCUUUUUGGCGGGGGUGUGAAGUCUUCGUCGUCGACAGUGAAUGAAUACUCCACGCCUCAGACUGAGCAACAGAAGCCUGUGGAACAAUCAGAGGCUGAUCAGCCUGCUGAACAAACAGAAGUUGAACAGAACUCUUCUCCAGCAACGGCAGAAACUGUCACAGAAACAGUUCCUCCUGUUCCUGCAGCUCUGCCGGUGGACAAGCCAGUAAUUGCGGAAAUUCCACCCGUUCCGGCUGCUCCGCCAAUUCCACAGGCCCCGGUUUCUUCUGCUGAAUCAGACAGUUCCGAAGACGAUCGCUUUGAGGAGGCUCCUGCUGCUCCUGACUCUCCUGACGAUUCUGAGGCCAUAGAGGCCCCACCCGUGCCUUCUGCGCCAGCUCCCCCAGCUCCCCCAGCAUCUGUGGAGGCUCCGCCAAUUCCGGCUGCUAUUCCUCCUCCACCACCGCCAGCGCCCGCUCCGCCAGCUCCUGCUCCCCCUGCUCCCCCUGCUCCUGCCCUGGCUAACGGCGCAGCAAACGGAGCAGCCACCGGAGCAGCCCCCAUAUCAGCGUUGCUGGGCGAAAUUACGCUCGGCAAGCAGCUGCGCAAGGUGGACGACUCCCAGAAACACAUUGUCGAAGGAGGCACUGUUGGAAAAGUACUAGACUGA